AUGAGCCGCGUCCUCCCCGGCAGACCGCUCCGCUUCUUCUGCUGGAGAUCUUGGAAACACCCCGGGCACGCGUUCCCGGAUGAGCUUUCAAUAAACAGCUGCUCAGUCUUUGUGUUUGAUGUGGGGAAGGAAACCUGGAAAUCCUACGACUGGUCAAAAAUUACCACUGUGGCAGCUUUUGGAAAGUACGAUCCUGAGCUCAUGUGCUAUGCCCACUCCAAAGGCUCGAGGAUAGUACUGAAAGGUGAUGUACCUCUUAAGGAAAUUGUUGAUCCUGCUAAAAGAGCAGCAUGGAUAUCCCAACAGGUGGACCUUGCAAAAAAACAGUAUAUGGAUGGAAUUAAUCUAGAUAUAGAGCAAGAAGUUAAUGAAACCUCCCCUGAGUAUUAUGCACUGACAGAACUUGUUAAAGAAACUACAGAUGCUUUUCACAGAGAAAUAGCUGGGUCACAGGUAACAUUUGAUGUGGCUUGGUCUCCAUCAUGCAUAGAUAAGAGGUGCUACAACUACACUGGGAUUGCAGAUGCCUGUGACUUCUUAUUUGUGAUGUCAUACGAUGAACAGAGCCAGAUCUGGACAGACUGUAUUGCAAAAGCCAAUGCUCCUUACCUGCAGACUUUAGUUGGAUAUGAAGAGUACAUUGCUCUGGGCAUUGAUCCUAAGAAGCUUGUGAUGGGUGUCCCCUGGUAUGGCUAUGACUACAUCUGCCAAAACCUAUCCACGGAUCAUGUUUGUUCCCUUCCCAAAGUGCCUUUCCGUGGGGCUCCUUGCAGUGAUGCUGCAGGGAGCCAGGUCCCCUACUCAACCAUCAUGAAGCAGGUGAACAGUUCUCUUUCAGGGGUGCUGUGGGAUGAAGUGCAGAAGGCUCCAUUUUAUGAGUACAAGGAUUCUGCUGGUCAAUUGCACCAGGUAUGGUUUGAUGACCCCCACAGCAUCUCUCUGAAAGCAGCAUAUGUGAAGAGUCGAGGCUUAAGGGGCAUUGGCAUGUGGAAUGGAAACAGUCUUGACUAUUCCAGGGAAGCUGCAGCAGAACAACAAACUCAAGCAAUGUGGCAAGCUCUGACACCAUAAGAACUAUGUGAACCCUUGAUUUGGAAUGAUGAAAAUUGGUAAUUUUUUAUUUUGGCUUACACUAUCACGGAUUUUGACUUUAUAGAAAUAUAUUGUGAUUACAAAAACUUUAAAAACUAGGCAAAUUAAUCUUGUUAUUUUAUAUGCAGAACUGUAUUUUCAUUCUUCAGAACAUUCCAUUGUUGUUUUGAAACAAUAUUCCUUGCAGCAGUAGGCUUUUUUAAAGACAGUUCAUCUUCUAAAUUUUUCACAGUUACUGUGAGUUAGUUAAUGCUUGAGCCCAGUGUGUAUCUGGUAACAAGACCAAUGGAUGGAUUUACAGGGCAGUCUCAUAAUGAUGCUUUGCUAAAGCUGCCAGGUACAGCAGAUAUUUAUUCCUGUGCAGUCUCAGCCUUCUGACUUAUCAACCCAAACAAUAUUUUAGCUAAGUCACUUUGGAAUCAGAUUAAAUAGAAUACUGGAGAGACAGAUUGUUGAUUAUAUGCAGCUUGGUUGCUCUUCUAGAUUAAAAGAUUUUUAUGUACUGAAGAAAUUCCAUAACAUGAAGUAGUUGUUGUUAAGAUUUAUAUCAAACUUGUUGUUAGAAAGGAAUAUUCAAUAAUCUCCAGUUUCACUGUGCUUAUGUAUCACAUAAAUUCCUUAGUUUUAAAAGCCAAAAAUCUCUGACCUUAGCUUGAAGAAGAAGCAGUAAUAUGAAGAUGGCUUGGAUGAUGUUUCCUUUCAUUUCAAACUACUUUACUUUCUGAAAGCUAGAAUUCAGAAGCUUAUUUGAAGAACUGCAUAUCUCUUUUUCCACACACCCUAAGAUUCAUUCAGUACCAUGUUUUUUGUUUUUAUGGGGUGUUGCCUCUGAGAUAAUAGGAGAUUAUGUUUUCUUUCUAGUUCAUAUUGUCAUAAAAUCAUUUGCCUAAAGAAGUUGUAUAACUUUUUAAAUACUCACAGUGAUGUAAAGAUUGGCUGGUGUUUACAGGACUUUUUUGUUAAAUAAAAUUUUGUUCUUGGUAAGGCUUGUAAACUAUGUUCCCUGUCUGUGCUUUACUUGUUCUACAGCUUACAGGCCACACUGCUUGUCUGCUUCUCAGAACUGUUUCACAACCAUAUUAAAAUGCAACUGGGCCCUGCUUAAGUAACUCCAUUAAUUAA